AUGUGCGACCAGCAGCCCAUUCAGUGCUGCCUGCCCCUCCCCCAGUGCUGCGUGAAAGGCUCCGCCUUCCGCUUCUCCCCCGCCCCCUAUGCCAACAGCCAGGUGGUGGUCCAAGCCCCUUGUGACAUGCAAAUCGUGGAGUGCCCUGCGCCAUGCCCAAUUCAAGUUUCCGAGGUGAAGGGCCAGGCCCCGUGCCAGCCUAAGACCACGCAGGUGAAGUGCCAGGCCCCGAGCCAGCCUAAGACCACGCAGGUGACGUGCCAGGCUCCGUCCCAGACCGCGCAGGUGACGUGCCAGGCUCCGUGCCAGGCCCAGACCACGCAGGUGACGUACCAGGCUCCGUGCCAGGCCCAGACCACGCAGGUGACGUACCAGGCUCCGUGCCAGGCCCAGACCACGCAGGUGGCGUGCCAGCCUGAGGUUUGCUACGUGCAGUGUGAAGCCCCGGGCCCUGUUCAGACCUGCUACGUAGACUGUGCUCCAGCUUGCUACACAGAAACGUGCUACCUGCAAUACCCGGUCCAGACCUACGCGCCCCGGCCAGCUGCCCGGCCCGUCCGGACUUACGUGGCCUGUCCCCCGGCGUUCCAGACUCAGGGGAGAUUCUCCACCCAGUGCCAGUACCAGGGCGCCUACGGCAGCUUGCCCUACGCAGGAGACCUCGGCUGUCGCGAGUCCCGCCCGUACCACCUGGACGCCGAGGCCCCCAGCUGUGGCGCAGCCGGUUAUAACCAGUGUGGAGAGAUUGGCGCCAGCUAUGGACCUGGGGACGUGUUCCCAGAGCCGCGGGGUCUGGGCGGUUACGGGGACUACGCGGGCGCCUGCGUUGGGGUGAAAGGCGGGGCCGGGGCUGGAGCAAAGGGCGCCUACUUUUAA